AUGGCGAAACAGAAACUCAAAGAGUUACCAGAUGACCUAAUCUUGAAGAUACUCUCAAAGCUUCCGUUGUUUAGAGAGAGCGUUGCGAAACGUCUCAUAUCAAAACGGCACGAGGAACUUUGGAAACUUAUGCCAGAAGUCACGUUCGUAGAUGGUUACGAGAAGAGUCUCGUGACUUUUAUGACCUUUGUUUACGGAUCUUUGUUGUCUGAUGAUACUCAAACUUUGGAGAGGUUGCAUUUCAAGCUUGCCGGAAACUAUCCGGCUUCAGACAUCAACUUUUGGGUUCAAUUGGCGGUUGAUAGAUCUGUAAGAAAGUUGAGUUUCGACUUGUUUGGCAAAACCCUAGUUUUGCCGAGUUGCUUGAGUUCUUGCACAACCCUAAAAUCACUGAUACUCCGUGAUGUAAGUAUCCACCUUGUUCCGCGUGGGUUUUCUUUGCCUUCUCUCAAAAGUCUGCACCUUUUCUACGUCGACUUUUCGCAAUCUAUUGUUACUUUUUUACGACGUUGCCCGGAUCUUGAAUAUUUGGUUAUACACCAAACCUGCUAUGGCAAUUGGAACCUUGAUGAGGUUGCUAUGCAUUGGGUUCGCUUGUCGUCACUCAAAAGCCUACACCUUUUAUCGGCUGAAUGCUCCAGUCGUGAUUCUCUUACAAGUCUUCUACAAAGUUGCCCGGUUCUUGAAUAUCUUGUCUUACACCAAAGCCAACGUCUGUGUGUUACCCCACCUGAGUCUUGUUUGUCAUCAAUAAAAACUCUUCACCUUACAUCUUUUAACUUCUUCGAGGAUGAAGAUAUUGCAACGCUUUUAAAAAGGUGUGCAGCUCUUGAAGAUUUGGUUAUAACUCGAACCAAAUAUGACAAUGUGAGGUUAUAUAAUAUCAAUGCGCCUACUUUGAAGAGUUUGACUAUCAACAACUCAAUAGAUAAACGCGCCUCCGAGGACAAGGAGACUCAUGGGUUUUGGAUAAAUGCUCCUGCUUUGGAGACAUUGAACAUUAAGGAUACUGUCAGUAACUUUCUUGUGCUUGAGUUUAUGCCCGAGGUGACUAAGGCGAAUAUCCAGGUCAUUUGUGACCAACCUGAGAAGUUCUUAGGAUCUCUUACCUUAGUCAAACAUCUUUCUCUAUGUUGUCCAACUUCAGAGACUCCAUAUCGUAGUGGCUCUAUCUUUCCCUAUCUUGAACAUCUAGAGCUAUGUACAUGUUCUCCGGGAUGGGCUAAUCUUCUUGCUUCUAUACUCAAUGUCGCUCCAAGACUCCAAUCUCUCACGCUUAAGUCGAAUCAUAGUACCCCUUGCGAUGAUCCGAUGAACUUUUGGAACGAACCAGCGGUUGUUCCGGAAUGUUUAUUGACGCAUCUAGAGAUAUUUGAAUGGAGACAAUAUGAAGACACAGUGCAGCAGAGGAAAGUGGCUGCUUAUAUACUAGAGAAUGCUAUUUGGCUAAAGAUGGCCACAUUUUCAACAAGAUGUGGAGACAAAGAUCAUGGCAAGCUCGUGGAGAUAAAGAAACUGAACAGAGUGUCAGAGACAUGUCAGGUAGUGUUUGAGUAA